CAAAUCAAACUUUCCAUAACCGUUUUUGUUUCCGAUCUUACUCUGUGUCUUCUAUAUCUCCUAUGGAUCCUCUACUGUACAUCUUUCAUCUCUAUGUUCUUCUCAAUCGUCAUUGAUUUUCCAACGUUGAAUACAAGCGCCAUCGUCGAAUAAGAAAUUUGCUAGCAACUUUAUCUUCUCCGUAUGGAUCACGAUUCUACUUACGAGUUCAGUUAUUCUGAUUCUACACCAAACUCUUGUCAUUCAUCUAAAUUUGAAGUUUCUCCAAACAUGACCAAGUAUUGGACUCCUAUGUGUGUUGAGAGCUGUAAGCCUCAUGUUGGUAUGAUUUUCACAAAUGUUGCUGUUGGAUUUCAAUUCUACAAACAAUAUGCUACUCUUUGUGGCUUUGAUAUCCGUAAGAGUACCUCAAGAAAGAGUAGUGAUGGAGUUUGUGUGUGGAAGUAUAUUUUGUGUAACAGAGAAGGAUUCAAAAAUCUGCCUAAACCUACCAAUCUUGAAUCUAGCAGUUGUGUUGGUGAUGAAACUGAAUCCAUGAACACAGAAUCUAGCUCUUCUAAUUGUGAGAAUAUUGUUGACUGCAAUGAGGAACUGAAAAGCUCAGAACCAAAAAAUAUUCCUUCGAAUAAGAGACGUCGUGUAUCAAAUCGUGUUGGUUGCAAUGCACGUUUAGUUAUGAGAUUACAUGCUGAACAUGGAUAUGUGGUGACCUGUUUUGAAGAGCGGCAUAAUCAUCCCAUGGCGUAAAAGAGAAGUCAAUUGAAGCUUCCAAGAAGUCUAAAAGACUGUGCCGAACUUGUAACUAGCUUGCUUUCCAUGACAGCAGGAAUUGUCCUCUAAAUUCUGAGAAAUAACCAAAUUCAAACUGUCUAAUGUGUUGGAGUUUCAAUUUUUCAUGUCUCUUUCACACUUGCUGUGAAUUUGUUCUUGUACCCAAAUCUUUAUAUUCUGUUGUGCAACAAUCAUACAUAACAGAUUUGCUUAUGAAUGGUUUUGUGAUUGUUUUAAGUAACUGUCUUAAUUAAGUUCUAAUUCAUACUCUUUUGCACAUUAAGUCCUA